AUGACCAUUGCUCUUCCAUUCCGACGAUUGUACUCUUCGAAGGUCUGGUUAGCAAGACAAGCAAAAGACCCUUAUGUGAAGCUAGCCAAAGAGAGCAACUUUCGAGCACGAAGCAGUUUUAAAUUGAUACAGAUUGAUAAAAAGUAUAGCAUUUUUCAGAAAAAUGAUAUCGUAGUUGAUUGCGGGGCAGCACCAGGCGGUUGGACACAAGUAGCAGCUCGCAAAGUGGGAAGGCAAGGGCUUGUUGUUGGUAUCGAUUUAUUGCCGGUUGAACCCUUUUCUACGAAAGAUCAGAAUAUCCAAUUGAUCGAAGGAAACUUUAUGACAACUAAAACACAGAAGAAAAUUAAAGAUAUGCUAAAUGGACAAUAUGUGAAUGUCGUCCUAACCGACAUGGCACCCAAUUUUUCUGGAAAUCAUUUGAGAGAUCAUGCACGCUCUAUAGAGUUAUGUGAAUCGGUUCUUACGUUCGCAAAGGCGAACCUGUUACCGGGCGGGCAUUUUAUUGCGAAGUUUUUGGCUGGAGGCACAGAGGGCGAAUUCAAACGAAAACUACAGUCAGAGUUUCAAAAAGUCAUGUAUGUAAAGCCUGAUGCUUCAAGAAAGCAAUCAUCUGAAGGAUAUUAUGUUGCAAUGGACUUCAAACCAUCUGCUACUAAAACUGAAAGCAAUGAAAAUGAUGAAUAA